AUGCCAUCGGAAAGGAAGCGGGACGAAGAAAAGGAGAAAGAAGGCAAAAAGGUGACGAUUUUUCAAAAGUAUUUAUAGUUGUUUCGGAAGACUUGGUGGAGAUUCUAAACGUGCAAGAGAUUAUUAAAUAAAAUCGAAACAAUGGGAAAACUCUUUUUGAGCUUUUUUAGGCUUUUCACGCCUUCUGCAUUUUCGAGAACUCCAGAAAAAUAGACUCAACAUCGAAAAAGUUUGACUAUUCUGCGCUCUCUUGCUCUUAUGAUAUUUCAAUGUUUCUACAACCUUGAAGGUGAGAGAAAAGAGACGCAGACAUGUCAGACUUCUAUAGGUAUUGAUGAAUGGACUUCAAAAAUUAGAAACUUUGAAAAAAGUACUUCUUAGAGGGCUAUAGUUUAGGUAGUCUCUUCAAAAGUUCAAGGUACGAUCCAUGAGCCUCUAAAGGAAAAGCGACCUUAACAGCACUUUUUUAAAACUUUUUUGCGCCUACUUUUAUUUUCAGUCCACUAGGGACCGCUAGCACUUUUUCCUAGAGUGACCACUAUCUAUAACCCUAGAAAUGCCACUUUUGCAAGCUUAAGUGGCCCCAAUAGGGAGAAGUAAGGCGGUCCCUAGAGGGAACCUACAAAAGCAUUCAAUUUUGCCCCUCCAGUGAAAACUCUGGCGUUUUUUUUUGUUCCUAAGUGAGGCUUCUUCAAAUUGUAUUCUUGAGUGUUAUAAAUACUUUAAUUCAGGUAACAUCAAAAGACAAAGAAAAGGAAAAGGAGAAAGAGAAAGAAAAAGAGAAAGAAAAAGAAAAGGACAGAAAACGCGAUGGAGGUAAUACUUCUGAACUUGCAGUACUUUUCAAAAUGCAAAUACGAACUAUUUUACAGCGGUGGCCGGGGCGAUGGGAAAGCAAAGGAUGUUGCACCCGGGGAAUGUCCUUAUGGAACGGUACGAGGUCCAGGGACUCAUCGGCGGCGGCGGGUUUGCUCAGAUCUACUUGUAAGUUUAGGGAUUUUUAUUAAUCAUAUCAGAACUUAUCGAUCAAUGAACAAUCAAUCUAAACCCAGCUUGUAACGAAAAUGUCUACGGAGACGUCAAAAAGCCUUUUUUUAUCUCAAUAAUAGUGUUACAUUAACAGAAAAAUUGGAAAAAAAUGGGCUGAAAAUUCGUCCUAAAAGGCGCUUGAGUCCGGUGAAAAUGCGCUUCACGGCUAACUGGUUUUUAAAUUUUUCGCAUUUUUUCUCUUUGUACGAAUAAAGCAUAAAUUAAGAGCAAAUAUAUUCAGAGCUGUUGACAAUACGUCCAAGCAGAACUGCGCUAUCAAAAUCGAGCCUACUUCUUCGGAUAUUCGGAGGAUGAAGCUCGAAAGUGCUGUACUGUUGGUCCUGAGAGGAAAAGUGAGUUUUGAGCUUUUUCAAUGAUUGGAAGAGUAAUGAUGCUUUGAUCUUGAUGAAUUUUCAUGUGUUCUGUGUUAACCGUUUUUGCAAGCAAAACAAUUGUCCCAUUUUAGUGCUGUGAAGAGACGGAACUGUGCGCUCCCUAAGUAGAAUCUCACAAAUUUGUUCAAAUCCUAAGAAAGUUCCAAAAAUCCUUGACUAAUUUCAGACAGGAGUACCGGAAAUCAAAGCGAUGGGAAAGGCGCCGCUUGGCCAUUACAUAGUGAUGCAAUUGGUGGGCCGAAAUUUGUCGGACCUCCGUCGCCAGUUGCCCAACAAAAAGAUCUCCAGCCGAACGCUCUACCGCGCAAUGCUCCAGGUGGAGUACACCUUGACGACGUCACUCCCAGACUAUCAGGUCGCACGAACCUUGUCCUUGGCCCACGGCGCCGGAUUUCUUCACCGAGACCUGAAGCCGUCGAAUUGCUGCGUCGGCUUCGUCGACGUCACUCGGAUCUACCUCAUCGACUUCGGUCUGACUCGUCAGUACCUCGACAAGGGCGACAUGGUUCGGAAGCCUCGGGUUGGCGUCGGCAUGCGUGGAACUCUCAGGUAGGCUGUUUAGGUUCUUAAAAUGGGGAGGCUAUUUUUUGAAUUGGUUUCAAAAAAAACUUUAGUGCAUAUGCUAUCGAAAAGAAUUUUGCAGAUACAUGAGCCUGGACGCUCAUGCUCGAAAAGACUUGGGGGCUAACAAUGACCUCGUCGCUUUUCUGUAUACAACGGUAUGUUUCAUUGUCUUUCAAAUUCACCUUAAAAGACAAAAAUUGAACACUAUUAAGGUAGAGAGUAUUUCAUUAGGCGCAGACUUGUUCUGCGCCAUUUCGGUUUGGGCUGGGUUGGAAAAAAAAAGGCGUUUCGUCAACUUUUUCUCUUAAUCGAAUAUGUUGUGAAAAACGAAUAUUAGGUUUAAGUUCAGUUUCACCUGUAACGUUUGAAAAUUCUACAAAAUGUAUAGUUCAAUUCUAAUUUUUUUACGUUUCAUGUGUCCUUUUUUUGAAUUUAUAUUUACAAGUCUUAAUCAGUAUGUCCGAUAGAAAAAAAGCUCAGAAGUCUGAAAAAAACAGAAAACCACUCUGGAACAAAAAAAUAAUGUUAAACCUUUUGGAAACUAACUGCGGUUUUUUUUUCAACUUUUUUUAUUUCUUCCGAAAAAAAUUUCAAUGAUAAACCUCUCAAGCCAGGAGCAUUUUUCAGAUAGAACUGGGCGAUGGAUCGCUACCUUGGACUCGUACCCGCUCUGCCGAUGACAUUAUCAAGGUUUUUCUCUUUCUCGUUAUUGUACUAACGAGUUUCAAAACAAUUUCCAGUUGAAACAAGCAUAUGUGAACGAAAAGUUGUGUGCGAAACAGCCGAAGUUAACUAAAUUGGCGGAGGUUUCCUUUUUUCCUACUUUCUAUAUUAAAAAAAAUAAAAUUUGAUGUUCAGUAUAUCGAAUCGUUGAAUUACUACAGUAUUCCCGACUACGAUAAGAUAUUUUCAUUGUUGGAAGAGUGCAACCCGACAGAUUUGCGUGAAGAUGAAUGCUAUGAUUGGCAGAAACACACGUAAUGUUCUCAGGAAGUCUGAAGAAAAACUAAGGAAUUACAGAUGUGUGAUGGACCACAGUGUGCAGAAGGAAGCAUCAACAGAGCUCUCAGAAAGAGGAGACACGGCUCUUAUUAAAAAAUAG